GUACCCUUUCAAUACAAACGCACACACGUAUGGACCGGGCCGGCAACUGGACAACGUAGUCAUAGUCUGCAUCGUAGUUUGCCGUGCACGAGAGGAAAGGCUGCUAUCGAAUUGUUUGCUAGUGAGAAGGGAGGCGAAGCCAGUUUAAAAAGAAGUCUCAUCGCGGAGAGGGGAGACGGAGAGAGAAAGCUGCCAUUUACUGUAACGUAAGAUGGAUGUCAAAAAGGAGGAAUGUGAGGUCGGCAUGCAUAUCAUGGAGAGAACGACCCGACAUGUUAAGGAGGAGGACUGUGAAUGGAAGUGUGUCCAACCUAAACAGGCGAGUCUGGGCAUUAAUGAUGUGGACUGUGAACUGGGGUCAGUGGGCAUUAAAGAAGAGGCUGAAGAGACGUCUGUCAGCAUUGAGGUACACAAAUAUAAAAGGACUGAGAGUGUGAAGGAAGACAAACAAGAUGGAGCAGUGACUGAGUUAGUCUCUUCUCAAAACAGACACUGUCCAUCACCAGAGUCUUCUAUCAAUGUGAAGUCUGAAUCAUUAGAGUCUGACGCAAAAAGGAGUGAAGACGUUUCAUCUGUUAGAACUCCAGAAGAUCAGCCAUCAACUUUAGGGAAAUCCACAAAAGGAGACAAACUUCAUUGCUGUUCUGAAUGUGGCAAACGGUUCACAUCCAGGGGAUAUCUUCGGAUACACAAAAGAAUUCAUACGGGAGAGAAGCCUUACUGCUGCUCUGAGUGUGGAAAGAGGUUUUUGCAAAUAAGCCAUCUUAAGAGCCACCAAGGAAUUCACAUGGUAGAAAAGUCUUAUGGGUGUUCUGAAUGUGGCAAGCAGUUUUUAAAAAAGAGUUUACUUCAUAGACACCAAAGAAUUCACACAGGAGAGAAACCUUAUUGGUGCUCUGAAUGUGGCAAACAUUUUUCGCACAAAUGGGAUCUUCAGAUCCACCAAAGAAUUCACACGGGAGAAAAGCCUUACUGCUGUUCUGAUUGUGGCAAACAAUUCACGUCCAAGGGAUACCUUGAGAUACACAAAAGAAUUCAUACGGAAGAGAAGCCUUAUUGCUGUUCUCAGUGUGGCAAACAAUUCAUGUCCAGGGGAUAUCUUCGGAUACACAAAAGAAUUCACACAGGAGAGAAGCCUUACUGCUGUUCUGAAUGUGGCAAGAGUUUUUUACAAACGAGCCAUCUUCAGAGCCACCAAAGAAUUCAUAUGGGAGAAAAGCCUUAUUGCUGUUCUGAAUGUGGCAAGCGUUUUUUGCAAAAGAGCCAUCUUCAAAAGCAUCAAACAGUUCAUACAGGAGAAAGGACUUAUUCCUGUUCUGAAUGUGGCAAACAGUUUUUGAAAAUGAGCAAUCUUCAGAUCCACCAAAGAAUUCACAUGGGAGAAAAGCCUUAUUGCUGUUCUGAGUGUGACAAGCAGUUUUCAAAAAAGAGCUAUCUUCAGAGCCACCAAAAAAUUCAUACAGGAGAAAAGCCUUAUUUCUGUUCUGAAUGUGACAAGCGGUUUUCACACCGCAGCCAGCUUCAUAGGCACCGAACAAUUCACACAGGAGAAAAGCCUUACUGUUGUUCUGAAUGUGGCAAGCAAUUCCCACACAAGAGCAAUCUUCAGAUCCACCAAAGAAUUCACACAGGAGAGAAGCCUUAUUGCUGUUCUGAAUGUGGCAAAUGCUUUUCUCGAGGGAGCAAUCUUUUGACCCACCAAAAAACUCAUACUUGAGAGAAGCUAUAUUGUUUUUAUGAAUGGGGCAAGUGCUUAUCGCAAAAGAGUGAACUUCUGAGCCACAAAUGAAUUAACAGUGACCUCUCCACAGUGGAACAGACAAGCACACACAAGCGUACCGUGAGUACGAAAUUAAGAGAACCGGACACAGUUUGGUGUUCAUGUGAAGAUAAAGAGGAGACCAUAUACUGCUAGUUCUACAGAACUGGUCAUGACUUCUCAACUGAAGAGUAUCCUGGGACAGCUUGUGCAAAACUGCAGUGCAGGAAUGUAAUUUUGAUUUUCAAAUUAGAUAACUAAUGCAAAUUCAGUAUGCUUAAUUGGAAUAAUUAAAAAAGAAAACAAAUUAGUGUAGAGAAAUUAGUAUUUAUAUUAAAUGAAAGCAUCAGCAUAGAGUUGCAUUAAAAGAUGAAAUUUACAUGUUAGAAAAUCUGAAAUUAACACCCACAUGUGAAAAGAGACAACCAGAGAAAUUUUAGCCAGAAGUGGAAUGUCCUCAAAAAUGAGCGAUUCUAAAAAAAAAACAGUGAAAUAAUUGUAAAGUGAGAAGGAAGAAUUGAAAAUAAAAGAGAUGGAGGUACAGCAACUUGAAUGUUACAACAAGAAGUUAUGGUUAAAAUUUCCAAAAAAACCACAAGAGGUGAUCACCCCAGUGGAUAAAGAAGAGGGGCAGUGAGAUUUAGAAAAAAUCAAUCGGAUACACAGCAUACAGUCACACAGACAGAAAAAAGUGAGCCAGCAUAAGAGAAUACUGCACCAGAAGAAAUGACACGAUCAACAGAGGACAAAGUCAUUCAGGAACUUAAAGAAGAACUUAUGGACUUAACAGAGAGGUGUAGGGAAAUCAAUAAGGUGAGACAAAUGAACAAGAAUAACAAAUCAUCAUAGUGGAUAGAGGUUGGAAAUUGGCAGAGGCCUCUUGAUUUGAUAUCACAGUGAUGUUUGCCUGCUGAUUCAACAUGUAUUGCAAUUUCCUAAAGUAUUGUGAUGGUCUAUGAUGUCUACGAUUGAGUAUUUGGAGUUAUUGCCAAUUUAUUUUUAUUGAUGCAAGAAUUUCUGUUGUGUUAGAUAUUUUCAAGUCAUGGCAAGUAAUGCAAUUAAAGUGUUUUUAUUGAGUCAACAAAUAAACUUUAUAAAUAUAUCCAUAUCAAUAGAAAUUUUCACCCUGGCAGUGCCGUAUCAGGUGCACUCUUCUGCUACAUUGGCACAUCGCUAAUCAGCCUGUGCUGUGGAAGAUCUGAUAUGUUCUGCUUUGGUAUAAAAACCUAGUGAUGCGUCUUAUUUUCCUAGUAGCCAUGCAAUUAGCUGCAGUUUGAGAGCACGCUGAGCUGCCAAGUUUAAUGAGUGUGCAUAUCAUUUAAAUGUGAGGAAAGCCGACCACUUGAGCCACAACCAGCAUC